UAGCUUGCUUGGUGAAAAUUUUAGUCAAAUCCGACCCGAGUUUGCGCUCGCUUUCUGGCCCUUUUAAACCGAUUUAAUUGCCUUAAAAUUAACACGGCUCUCCCUUGCGCUUCCUGUCACAGCAAGGACCAUGGUUGUGGCGUGAAAACGGAGCAGUGUGACACGGAUUUGGACGGACGGACAGAGGCAGUUUCAGGUGUCAGCUGGUAAAGCGUGUGUGUGCGCGUGUGAGAGUGUGUGUGUGUGUGUGUGUGUGUGUGUGUGCGUGCCGGCACGUGUGUUUUCCCAGCCCAGUCAGUAUUUGCAGCGGAGUGUGGCCUGAACACAACUGAGGGACAAUGAGCGAGCUGGAACAGUUGCGGCAGGAAGCCGAGCAACUACGCAAUCAGAUCCGGGAUGCCAGGAAAGCCUGCAGUGACUCCACUCUGUCACAGAUUACAGCUGGUCUGGACUCAGUGGGCCGGAUACAGAUGCGGACACGACGCACUCUCAGGGGCCACCUGGCCAAGAUCUAUGCAAUGCACUGGGGGAGUGACUCCAGGCUACUUGUCAGUGCCUCGCAAGAUGGAAAGCUUAUCAUCUGGGACAGUUACACGACAAAUAAGAUGCAUGCCAUCCCUCUGCGCUCUUCCUGGGUGAUGACGUGCGCCUACGCUCCCUCUGGGAACUAUGUGGCCUGUGGAGGCCUGGACAAUAUCUGCUCCAUAUACAGCCUGAAGACCCGUGAGGGCAACGUGCGCGUCACCCGGGAGCUACCCGGACACACAGGUUAUUUGUCCUGCUGUCGUUUCUUGGAUGACAACCAGAUACUGACCAGCUCUGGAGACACCACCUGUGCAUUGUGGGACAUAGAGACAGGCCAGCAGGCCACCAGUUUUACAGGCCACACAGGUGAUGUGAUGAGUUUGUCUUUAAGUCCGGACUUCAAGACCUUUGUGUCAGGAGCUUGUGACGCCACCUCCAAACUGUGGGACAUUCGUGACGGCAUGUGCAGGCAAUCUUUCACCGGGCACGUGUCCGACAUCAACGCCGUCACCUUUUUCCCCAAUGGGAAUGCCUUUGGCACAGGCUCAGAUGACGCCACCUGCAGGUUGUUUGACCUGCGUGCUGACCAGGAGCUGAUGAUGUACAGCCACGACAACAUCAUCUGUGGCAUCACCUCCGUGUCUUUCUCCAAGAGCGGCCGUCUGUUGCUGGCCGGCUACGAUGACUUUAACUGCAACGUCUGGGACACUCUGAAAGGCGAGCGUGCAGGUGUGCUAGCGGGCCACGACAACAGAGUUAGCUGCUUAGGUGUGACAGAUGACGGCAUGGCCGUGGCUACCGGCUCCUGGGACAGUUUCCUCCGGAUCUGGAACUAAACAAACCUCUUCCCAAUUGUACUCAAUCACUGCCCGCCAACUUCCUCCCCCGGCCCCCCACCUCCCCACCCAAUGUAUCACGACUCAUCUGCUGAGCUGAACCUGAAGGGGUGUACACUGUGUCAGCUGAAAUCGUCUCAACUCACCCUCACUUCUCUUCUCUCUGCUGGCAACCAGCCCACCUUUGAGAAACUCUUUCUACCUUACCAAGUGACAUUUUUUUUCACCCAGCUAUGACACAGCAACAAAAAGAAGAACCUUUCACUAAUGUUGUCCGAUUUAAAAAAAUAAAAUUAAAUAAAAUUAAAAAAAUAAAUAAAUAAAUAAGAGGAAAAAACUAAACGAAAAAAAUUUAAGAUUUCGCCCUUAGACCAAUUUUCUUGUAGGGGGCGAUAAAGACAAACAAGCAAGAUGACUGUCAGUGUGUAAUAUGUAAAUGUAAAUAUAAAGACAGUAUAUAUGUAUAGCAUUAUGUGUGUAUAUAUGCAUCAUAUAUGCAUAUAUAAUGUGUAUGUAUAUAUUUUUGUAGUUUAUUUCCCACCCUUGAUUUAAAAAAAAAAAGAAAAAAAAAAAGAAAAAGAUUUUAGGGGUUUUAUGUUUUAUUUUAAAUGUAUAUAUUCACAUUACUACACAACAUAAUGCUCAACCUGGGUAAAAUAAUCAAUCCUAAGCAUUUGUUUCAUCCAGUGUGAGUACCAGAUCAGAUAAUUCACACACAAAACUCUCCUUUUAAUAUGAGGUAUUUACUGAUUUAGUUAAGCCCUUCAACAAAAGAGGAUAUAACAAGUAAGAAAAAAAAAGUUUUCCUACUAAAUUCACUUUUUUCAUUUGAAUCUGUGUAUGUUUGUGAGUAUUAUGGUCACCAACAGUGGGAAUAACUCAUACAUCCUGUACCUGCAAAUGUUGCGUUCAUGUGAAUGAUGGCUGUGAUGGUGAUUUUAUUUUAUUUUUCUAACUAAAGCAACCCUGUUUAUUCCUCACAAGUCUCUUGUUUUGUAAGGAACCCGUCACACUGUUGUGCUUGUGUAUAGUGAGAGAGCUUCAAAACCAACAAGAGAUGAAUUAUGUUUUUAGUCUGGAUUCAGCUUUACCUCCAAAGUAGGCUAAGAUAGAAAACUUUGUUAAUGGACGCCAUGCUUUGGCCCAUACUCAAGUGGACUGUGGUUAAAAAUCAUUGGAUGCUGAAUAUCUGAAGACCACAGCCAUGCAAAUAAACAGCUGUGUGAUAUGAUUAAUAACCCAACAAUGGUCCUAAACUGAGGCUUUGCAUCAUAAUAUUCCCGUCUGCGGCCUGUAGAAUCUACUCUUCUCCUUAAAGCUGAAAUGAGGAUCUCAAGUUGCCCGUACAAAUGACACUGAUGGAGGGAAAGGGCAAAGUGAAGAGAGACACCUUCUCCCUGAGCAGGAGCUGUCCUCUGCCUGUGAGUCUGUAAUGGCUCAGAGGCCUGUACAAAUCAGAGGAUAUUAAAGGAGCAGUGGCUUCAUGUCAGGACUAUGAAGGACUGCAGUGACUCUGUCAGCAGCCCCUGAGGACUAGACAAAAGCUGGAUGGAGAGAGAGAGAGAGAGAGAGAGAGAGAGAGAGAUGUCUGUCAGAGCUCACCAUGUCAUUUUUACCUUGUUUGUUUUUAAAAAUGAAGGAUCAUGAGUCCUUUUUGUUGUCAGUGAGGUGAGAACUGAGUGACGGGCAUGAAACUGAAAUCAUGUUUGCCCCUCCAAAAAGAGUGUUAAAAAUUUCAGUGAUUUCUUUUUCCUCACCAAAAACAAGUUAUGAACUAUUAAAUAUUGCUAGUGAAGAAAGUACACUUGGUAGACAGAAAUGUACACUUAGUAGAGAGCUAGAAAUGCACUCACAAACUGUAGUACAAAUGUAAACCAUUGAGCACAUGACUUAUUUACCUGUAGAGGUGGUAUUUCUGAUUUUGAGUUUUUUCACAUCUCGCAUCUUCCAUCUUUUUUGGUUCCUCUCUAAAGGCGUAAUUUUUUUGAAAAAUAAUACACAUUACAUGUGUGAGUUGGACCUAUCAUCAGCUGUCUCAGGUGCCUAUCUCUGAAUAAUCACAUUUGACCCACACGGGCUGGAUAAGGAGGGUUUGUGCCCCUGUGAGAUGUGGCACUUUUGUGUCUCCAUUCUGCCUUACGAUACUAUUCAUAAUAGAAGGUAAUACUAGUGUCGACUACAGUAAUGUUUUCCUCUUGCUAUUCCUUUUUACACAACGAUCAAUAACAAAUAUUGCAGAUUUUGUUUUCUUUUCUCAAUAGAAGCACAUUCUGAUACUAGUGAACACUAAAAAGCAUGCUUACAGAAAAUCACCAUGACCACAUGCAGCUCCAUACAGCUUCUUUAAGCAAAUGUUUUACAUCACUUUUUAUACAAUUCUGCUUUCUACUACUACCAUACAGUUUGUAGUAUUUAUUAAGGUUCAAUCAGCUAUCAAUGAAGCCCCUCUUUUGCAUACCGUGACUCUGUAGUGACCUUUUUUUUCUUCUUUCUUUUUAAACAUGUUUUAGCUGCUUCUACCCGGCUUUGCAUUAAUGAAUCAAUUUUGAGCGAAUGUUAUAAAUAACAGUUAUAGUUUUUAGCCUGAGAAUAUCUUUGAGGUGUGUAGGAUGUGAUAUGUAUUGCAUAUCAGUGUUGAGGUGUGUGUUGGGAGGGGAAUUGGGAGGGGGGUGAUUUGCUGAUGUAUGUGGAUAACAUAUAGAUCUAAGUGUUACUUUCUCAUUUGUGCCAAUGUUAUCCACAGACCCUGAGCUGUGAACUGAAAACUAGUCAAUGUGACAAAAAAAAACAAACAUGUAUGCUCAUUUUACUCAAGUGCCAGCCUUCACCAGCUCCAUCCAAUAAGGUCACAUCAGUAUCUGAUUUUGUAGCCAAUCGGUUGUCUGAUCAAACAGGUUGACUGUUUAAUGUCUGACGAUGGGCUUUUUUUUCUUUUUUUUCAUUAUUAAGUUGACAGUGCUUGUUAGACCUCAAGUUUCUAUUUCAGUCAGUGGACAUUGGAGUUCAUGUGUGCCCAGAUAAAGAUGACAAAAUGUUGGCUUGACAGUAAAGGGGUAGUUUGACAUUUUGGGAGCUACAGGCACAAGCUGGCUUUAGCCUCGCAGUUAGUUUAAAACAGAGUGAAAAGGGAGACAGCUGCGUACAAAGCACCUCUAAAACAAACAAUUUAAUAUGUUACAUAUUGUUUGUUUAAUCCCUACAAAACAGCAAUCAUAUGUGGGACUAUUUUUUGGCCAAAACCAGUUGCCAGGCAACCGAUGGAGAUUUCAGAACUUGUCAGUUAGUUCGCCUGUUUUGUUGCACGUAUGAAACAAACAAGGUAUAGUGUAUUAAUUAGUAAGCUUUAGAGGUGAUGGUAGGCAAUUUUUGCUACUGUUGGGCAGAGCUAAAUGCUGCUGUUUUGACCUGAUUUCAGUCUUUGUGCUAAACUAAGCUAAUUAAGCAACUAGCGGAGUGAUAUCAUCUCAUCUCACUCUGCCAGAAAGCCAAGAAGCCUAUUUACCCAAAUGUCCAACUACUUCCUUAAAUCCACCUUGUUUUCACUUUUCAAUCCAUCAUGAGCUGUGUGAAAUUUAUUAAAAAAAAUACAACAUAGCCCUUAACAACUGAGAAAGGGGUUUGUCUGUAUUACUGGCAACCAUUUCCUCACCCUGUGUGUAAUUCAGCAGUACUAACAGCUGGAUCCUGGAGCAGUACCUGUGCAGUAGACUCAUUAAUCAGAAAGGUGCUUGAUUUAAUUUCGUAUUAUUGUUGUAUUUACCUGAAGUCUCCUCCAGUUUAUUCCCUUAACCCUCGUCCGACCAACAUAUUAAACAUAAAAGGACUUAAGACUGGGGUACUGAAUAAACUACUGCAAGAAACAACCAUCACAGCAAAAUGUUAACCUAUUUAUUCUCUUAACAUUGUCAAUCUGAUGUGUUAUCUGAAAAAAAAACUUAUUUUAGGAAAGUUACUGUUAAUUUGCAUAGUGUAAAAUGAAAAUAUAUAUUUGUCAUAAUACAAAUUUCAGCUUUUACCCCAAGUUCAAUCUUUCAACAAAGCCUUCAAAGUGAUGGACAUAGUGCCCCCAUAUGCCCCCUCAUAGUGUGUGAUACUUUAAAUUAGGACUCAGUAGUUCCAUAUAUCAAAACUGCAUAGGCGGAAUUGGGUGCUUUUGACUGAGGUCCCAAGGCCCCCAUACUUAAAAUAAUCGGUAUUUUUUUAAAGCGUUGAUUUAAACAGAAACUGAUAUGAGGUCAUUAGAAACAAAUUGACAAAAUCCUUUGGAUUUGGGAUGAUAGAAUAAAGCGCUGUGAUAUGUUAAAAGUAGACCUCUAGGGUCUACUGGGUACCCCAGUCCAUAGGAUAUACUAUAAUACAUGAAGUACCGGGACCUUAAUCUGUGACUUGUUUUAAUCCUUGGAGUAUUAAUUUCAGGCAUGUUUUGCAGUAGUAUUUUGGCAUUUUUGUCACCCACGGUGCCAACGUCUAACUUCAAGGAAUAAAUGUGAAAAUGUAACUGUUGGGGCAGUAUUUUGAGGACUGUAUUUGCACGACCCUCUGAUAUAGUCCCUGAAUAUGAAAGGAUUGUUUUAAGUUUCUGAUUUUCUUUUAAAAAUGCAGCGACAUCACACCACAUGAACUGGUUAUGUCACCACCUCCACCACCACCAGAGCACCAUCACAACUAAAUGCACUGCCUUCUUGACUCUACAACCUACUGUUCUGACAUUGUAGUAUUUUUAAUUUUUGCUUUGAAUUCUUUUAUUUAUUAUUUCAUGUUUUAAGCCAGUAAAGACCAGGGACUUGGUGCCAUGAUAAUUCUCUUACAGUGCUAUUGUGUGAAAUUAUAAUCACUUGUUAUGGAAUAAUUUUUAUAGUCUUUUUCACACCAGACCUUUUUUUGUAUUUGUACAGUGGCUUGGUGAUACUGAUAUGUUGCCAUGAGUUAUUGUAACCAAUAAAGAAAAGCUUCUAAC